AUGAUCACAGGCGGUGACUUUCGCGUUCAGGGCGAAAGUGGUCACGAUCUUCACAGCAUCAUCCGUAAAGAAUUCGCCGCCUACGUAGCGCCCAAUUCUACGCAUGACUCGAACGAUUGCCUCAAUCCUCCUCGAUGCCACCCUGGCACUCGCGUAGCCGUCCUCCGUGAUCUGGAGAAUUGGGUUCGCACCGCGAUGGGCACAGAGGACGUGCUGUGGCUUUUCGGAGCAGCUGGUGCCGGGAAGACCGCCAUUGCACGUUCGCUCGCUGAGAUCCUGGUCAAGGUGGACCUCAUGGCAGGGUCUUUCUUUUUUUUCAGGCCAGCAGCCGGGCGAAACAGCGAGAAGCUAUUUGUCUCGACACUCGCCUACCAGCUAGCCUUCGCCAUACCCAAAAUGAAGCCCUACAUUGCGAGUUCCAUCCGGGAAGACCCGCUAAUUUUUCAGCGGUCUAUUAAGACGCAGUUCACUCGCUUCAUCGUGGAUCCCAUCAUAAAGAUAUCGUCGCCGUCAGGAAUUGAUUCAGAGACACCGUCACCAAAACUAAUCAUUAUUGACGGAUUGGAUGAGUGCUUGAACCGCGAAGGACAAUGCAUAAUUGUCAAAACCAUUUGUGCCGCAGCCCCCUUCGUACGCCAUCGCCUCAAAUUCCUCAUCGCUAGCCGUCCGGAAUUCCAUAUCGAGAGCACAUUCGACCUUCCCUCGUGUCUGGCCUGUACUCGACGCGUCGACCUCCAAUCCGACAUCGACGCCUAUGACGACAUUCGCUUUUUCAUCACGAGCAAGUUCACGGAAAUCAAACAGGUGCAUCCCUUGAGAUUAACGCUCGAUAAUUCCUGGCCUACAGACGACGUGAUUGACCGGCUUGUGCAAAAUUCUUCCAUCAGCAACUUCGUCUAUGCACGGACAGUCAUGGAUUUCAUCAUGACAACUUACGACCGCCCGCAAGACCGCCUCGAGGUGAUUCUUGGGCUGACUCAUGCUUCAGAUACGGAUUCCCCAUUCGCGGAGCUGGAUGAGCUAUACCGAUACAUUCUCUCAUCGGUGCGAGGCAACAUCGAGGAUGUCAUGCAGAUCCUCACUAUUGCCGUCUUGGGGACAGCACGAGAAGGAAUUCAACAUGGACACUACAGCACCUCGGAGCUUCUUCUUUCGCCAGAAUUCUUGGAGAAGAUUCUGGACUUGAAAAGUGGGACGGUCGAGUUAUUGCUCAUUGAUCUUCGCUCGUUGAUGACCAUCCAAAAGAAUGGGGUAUUCUUCCCUACAAUAAAGCUUACACACAAGUCACUCUCUGACUUCCUGCUCGACUCAUCAAGGUCCGGCCCGUAUUGUGUGGGGGAGAAGAAAGCCUACCUUGAUGUUGCCUUUGGAUGUCUGCGCGUACUUGAGCAAAAGACUUUUGGCAGAGCUUGGUGGAUAAACACGGAACGCAAAUCAACUAGCUCACGUUCGAAUGCCCUACAAAAGUCAUGGGAUCGUGAAACAGAAUAUUUUAGUGCACUGCUAUGGGCUUGCGAACGAGCCCCGCGCAGUGCCGAACUCCAGCAUGCUAUUGCAACCUAUGAUUUGUGCGGCAUGAUUCAACGUGGCCUCGUACAUGUAAAGAACGAUGUUUGGGCCCUCUUCGACGCUUGGUCAAUAAUCUCGCACCUUUUCAAAUGCCUCAAAGAUUCGGAGGCAUUCACUAAUUCCGGUGCGUAUGAGCACCAGACAGAAUCCUUCAAUGCCCUCGUGAAAUCUCAUCUCAAAAAGUAUCCUUCCGAUGAUCCCUUGGUUGAUGCUUUCUUCUCAAGAAAGGGAUCGACCAAGUUUGGGGCGAAGUUCUUCUUCAUGGCCUCCGAGGUUGUGAGGAUUAGGGCCGCCUCCGUUGACCCAGAUGGCGCGUCAGCUAGUGUGGUUAGGUAG